UACAAAAACAGAAACAGAAAGAGAAAGAGACGGGACUAAACCCUUUUCUUCCCUUCCCCACCGCUACUCUUCCCCGGAAGAGCGACCUCCCAUCUUCUCCCUUCUUCUUUGAAUCUCCCCAUCAAUCUCUCUUUCCAACCUCUGAUCUACCCUUCUUCUUCUCUGCAUCUCAGUCCCAACCUCCGAUCUUCCCCCUUCUUCCUUGAAUCCCCUGUCAAUCUCUCUCCCAACCUUCAACCCGGAUUCAUAACUGUCGGUCAACACGCCAUACGAGCUCUAGGCGACAUCGAGAAUCUGGCAGCAAGCAUCGCCCAUGAAAUUCCUAGGAAGCAGAUCGCCCCCUAAAUCAUUUCUAAUUCUUCUUUCUCUGCCCCGUCAAAUCGUACAAGCAAUCGAAGUCCAGACCCAUGAUUUUGAAGUUCAAUAGAUGCUCGAAAUUGAUGCGGCGAAGAGCUUCCGCUGGCGGUUGCAGAUCCAUAUCCCUUUUGCCUAAUAAGCUUCUUCUCAGUGGUAGCAGUUGGCAGGGGAAGAGCCAACUUCUUCUCAAAAUUCCCAGAACCCGAUUUCCCUCUUUCCUCCUUUUGUUUGAUGUUGAAUGCUACUCUUCGAGGUUGGGUACGGGCAGCAGGGGGAAGGAUCUGGUUUGCGACGAGAAAGCUCAGAAGCACAUGGACGAUAAUUCGUCUGGUACAUUUUUUGACCCAAAAACUCAUCCUCUCUCCUUCUAUUUUUCUUUGGUUGAUUUGAUUUCAGUUUUUCGAGAUUCAAGUUUCUUUCCAGAACUAUUAUUAGGUUUAAGAGGAGUAAUGGGGGAUCUGAUUAUUAGGUUUAGGAGGAGUAAUGGGGAUAUGAUUUUAUUAGGUUCCUGAACUAUUAUUACCUUAUUCUUCUUCUUUGUCAUCGACGUUUUCUAAAGAUGGUUUUUUUUUUCCGAUCAGCUACUGUGUUCGGCGAGCUAUAGAGGUUGUAGCCAUGGGAGAGAGAAGAAAUCAAUGUGGCGGAGAGAAUUUUUUUUAUUUUUUUAUUUUUUGCUAAUAUGGCGUCCAUAUGUCCAAUUUUGUUGACCUGGAGCUUAGGUGUGGGAUGGGUAUGGUCCUAGUCAGUGUUCCGUCACAUUUACUGACGCCGUAACAAACGGCGUUAAAGUUUGUAACAGAAAUGGAUAGAUUUGUCACACGAUAGUACGCUUAUGGAUAUUUCGUGUAUUUCGAUAGUUAUGGAUAUAUUUGUCACAAACGUGAAAGUUAUGAAUAUAGAAGUGUAUUUUGCCUUUUUUAUGGAAAAACAUAAUAGGAAGGAGUGAUUGUUGUAAUACGAAAGAGUUCCUAUUUUGAAGAUUGAUAGCAACUAACAGGGUAGAGAAAUUAUUGGGUUUCACCUAAUAGGAAAGAGUUAGUAUUUUGAUAGAGCAAGGUUAGUAUUUUUACGAUUAAUAGCAAAUGCGGUGAUUCCUUACUUCCCCCUCUUCUCGUUUUCCCUAAUUUAUUUUACAUUUAUUAACUUGCUUUUUAAUCUUCGUGACUCAUUAACCUAUCCGUUUAGUAUCAUUUUGUUGUUGUUGUGGUUGCAGUGGUGUUGUGUAAACAGAUGUACAAUCACAACAGGAAAAAAACAGAAAACACAAACCUGUUUAGUUGAUAAAUCUGAAAAAUCAUUAAAGCUGAAAACAAGAAACAAAAAUGCGUUUAGUUACUACAAAAACGCGGGUUGGCGGGCUGGGCUGGCUGCGCGGCGGAGGGGUCGGGCUGCGCGGCGGGCUGGGUCAGCGCGGAGGCGGAGGGGUCGGCAAGCGGACGUCGGCGGCGGGUCGGCGGGCUGGCUGCGCGGCGGAGGGUUCGGGCUGCGCGGCAGGCUGGAUCGGCACGGAGGUAGAGGGGUCGGGCGCGGAGGCGGAGGGGUCGGCGACUGAGAAGGUGGCGGGCGGCGCGGCGGAGGUGAGGCGGAGGUGGCGCCUUGUUGAGAAGGGUGGCCGGUGACGCCUCUGUUGAGAAGGGUUUAGGGGGAGAAUAGUUUGGGGGGCGGCGGCUGAUAUGUUAGAAGUAGGGUUUGAGGGGUGGCGGCUGUGUUAAAAAAAAAGAAAUUUUUUUGCUUCUGUGGGGAUUCGAAAAUUGGUCUGGUUUAAUGAAAUCAAAUGCCCAACCAGUAGGAAUCCCGUGUGCAACAUGUUUUAAAAUCAGAUCCAAAGCAAUAAAUUGUUGUUUCUCAU